GUAUACCGCAUUGUUAGUGUCAGGUGGUGCCAGCAUCCACUGUCGCUCAGCUGCCGUUUGAUAAUUUGUCUCUUGAGUGCUGCAAGUGUCAGUCAAGAUCGGAACAGUUGGUGAUUAUCUUCGAUAUACAGCAUCUCAGUGAAAGGAAAGCCAAGAGCAAGUCCAUUUUCUCCUCUUUGUCUCCCACUCUUACGGCGAUGGUGAAAACAGUUCUGGCCAUUCCCGCCUUCAUCCUGGCGCUGACCAUUUUGCCAGCGUCCACGACCGUCCCUCCCGAUAAGGCGUCCAAUUCCACCGGCGAAGCUGUCAUCAAGAACUGCUCGACGAUCUGCAUCCCCUUCUUGGGCAACGCCUUCGUGUACUGCAUCGCCGACGCGAGGGAACAGCUUUACCUCCGCCAGGUCGUGUGGACGGACCCCCACGGCAGGGACGUCUUGCCCUGGGCACCCGAGAGACACGCCUUCGUCCUCGGGAACUCCUCUUUCCUCUCCCAUUCGUACCUCGUCUUCCAGGACUUCAACGCCACCAUCGCCGGAACCUACUGGUGCUCGGUCCUGGUGAAAGGGUCCUUCGCGGGUCGAGCCUCGAUUCGAAUCCAGGUCUCGAGCUCGAACGAAACGACGCCCGUUCAGUGCCAGUGCGAGCUCCAAGGUUUGCCACGAAGCGAACGGAGGGCGGAAGAAAAGUGUCAGCUCGAAUCAUCAGCUCAACGUGGUCCUGACAAACUGGUGGAAAAGGCCUGUCAGCAAGGAACGUCAUUAAGAGUGUCCGAGGACGAGUGCCGUCUUCCUUCGUCAGUAUAAACCAGAAUUCCAAAGACGUUUGCCAGAGAGCGUCAGGAGAUUUUCUCAGCCAAUGGUACGGUGCUCUCUUCAAGCGGCCGUGUACCUGACAAGAGAUCAAGAUUGAUUAAAGCAUAGAAAGAAAUAUGUAGUUGUUGUAAUCUAGUUUCCUAGAAUGUAAAUUGAUUGAUGUGGUGUGUCACGAUGAUUAUGAUGUUAUUACAAACAAAAUAAAAUGAACCCAUUGUU